AUGGAGGAUCCAUCGGAGAUUAUACGCAUUCCUACUCCAUCCAAGUUUGACGCGUUUCCGUAUAAUGUUCCGUACGGUAUACAAAGUGAUCUCAUGGCGCAUCUUUUCGCCGCAAUUGAGUCACGAUCUCUUGCUAUUAUUGAGAGCCCUACGGGAACUGGGAAAACGCUUAGCUUGUUGACCUCAAGUCUGACAUGGCUUCGUGAAAACAAAACCCGAUCGAAGCAUGCACGAUUAGCAGACCUCCGACAAAAGAUAACGGCCGAGUCUGAUGAGUCAGAACCACAGUGGGUCAUCGAGCAGAGUUUAUCCAGGCAACAAAAGGCCUUAGAAGCUGAGGAGAAUGACUUUGAGAGACGUUUGGAUGAAGCCCGGAGAAAGGAAGAAAUCAUUCGACGAAAACAGAAAGGGAAGGUAGUCAAAAGAGCCCGCGUAGAACGGGACGAUUUGGCCGUGAACGAGGACCAAUAUCUUCCUGAUGAUGAUAGAAACGUUCCAGAGGAAGAUGAUAACAUCUUCCUUGAGAACCUGACCCCGGAAGUCCGUGAACAGCUGAAACAGCUCAAAUCUCACUCAACGGAACGCUCACGAACCCAGCCUGAGGACCCAAUAUACUUUGCCUCUAGAACUCAUACUCAACUAAGCCAAACUAUAACCGAGCUUUUGAAGAUCACAGGAGGUUCCGAUACGCGCAGCGUUUCAUUAGGCUCACGAAAAAACACUUGCAUCAAUGAGGACCUUAAAGAAAGAGGCGGAGACCUCGACGAAGCAUGUCGGGAAUUGAACUCAAGGGAAAAGGGGUCUCGAUGUCCACAUCUUCCCUCCCAUGAUGAAGAAUCGAAACUCUUUGACUUCCGUGAUCACAUAUUGGCAAGCCCGAAAGAUAUCGAGGAUCUCGUGGAAAUUGGAAAAGAGCUCAAAACAUGCCCAUAUUAUGGGUCGCUCACACUGCCAUAUAAUCUCCUGCUGCAGAAGAGCGCCCGCGAGGCUCUAGGCAUUUCUCUGGAGGAUCACAUUGUGAUAAUUGAUGAGGCUCACAACCUUAUCGACACUGUACUAUCAAUUAAUUCGCAUGUUCUUUCAUCACGAACCCUCCAGCUCGCUCUCGCCCAGCUCAAGGCGUAUCAUACCAAGUUUAAAAAUCGUCUUUCUCCUCGGAACGCCUUGUCAAUCAAGCGAGUGGUGAUGUUCAUUGCGGCAUUGGACGGGUUCUGCAAAUCCAUGGCUAGUGAUGAGAAUGAGUCGGGUUCAACACCGAGAAAAAGUGACGGCGCCAUCGCAGCAGGUAAUCCUGAAAGUAGUGACACAACCAUGAUGACGGUUGGAGAAUUGGUGUCGAGACUGAACACACGAAUCGAUGGCCUAAAUCUCCUUGAGAUGGUACAAUACCUCCGGGAUAGUAAAUUGGCGCGGAAGAUUUCUGGGUACUGCGACGACAUGCUAGCUCAAGCCUCAAAAGAACCAGGGAAAGCGCGAGAUCACAAAAGCGGAGCUGCACCUCCUCUUCAUGCAGUCGAAGCAUUUCUUCUCGUGUUAACUAGCCCAAACCAUCAGGGGCGGGUAUUUGUCACGGUCGAGGGACCGUUUCGUGGUCAAGAUGCCGACAGGACGCGCAAUGCUGUCACUUUAAAGUACCAGCUGCUAAACCCGGAAGAUGCAUUUAGAGAUGUUAUCGAGGAAGCUCGGUCUGUGAUACUGGCCGGCGGAACUAUGUCUCCGAUGUUUGACAUCCAAACUCAACUUUUUCCAAAUUUGCCGGAGGACAGAAUUGCGAUGUUUACUUGUGGACAUGUUAUCCCAUCAUCGAGUCUUCAAACACUCGUUAUCACACACGGCCCGCGAAAGAAAGAACUCAAAUUCAAGUUUGAUAAUCGAGGGAAUAAUGAACUAACUGAAGAGCUUGGCCUUAUCCUCGCUAAUCUGGUAGUCCUAGUCCCACAUGGACUUGUCAUCUUUUUCCCCUCGCAUUCAUUCCUUCAAUCCGCACUCAAAAUAUGGGAAGAGAGAGGGGUCAUGACGCGGAUACGCUCCAAAAAAAAUGUCUUUUUGGAGCCUGCGGAUGGGUCGAGCGUCGAUGGAGUGCUGCGAGAUUACAGUGCGACAAUCGCCACGAAAGACAGAGAGUCUCAGUCGAGAAGCCCCCGCGGCGCGGUCCUCAUGGCUGUCGUCAGCGGACGCCUCUCAGAAGGCCUCAACUUUUCAGAUGACCUUGCCCGAGGGGUUGUAGUCAUUGGCCUACCGUACGCAAACCUUGGCUCGAGAGAACUGAAAGAACGGAUGAAUUUUGUACGCCGGAAGGGAUCUACUGGUGGCAAAGACGCCGGGAUGGAGUUAUACGAAAACAUAUGCAUGAAGGCAGUGAACCAGUCUAUAGGAAGAGCUAUCCGACAUAAGAAUGAUUGGGCCAGCCUUAUCUUGAUUGACCAGCGGUACUCGACAAGUCGGAUACAGAACAAGUUGCCAAACUGGAUUCGUUCCGAAAUAAUCGUUGCGAAAACGUGGGGGGAUGGUAUUAGGGAGCUAGGUGCUUUCUAUCGCAGGAAGCGUGAGGAGGGUGCCCUCGAAACUCAGUGA